UAGCACAGUAGCACAAUAGGCUUAAAAAUAGAAAAUAGCUGUCUAGCUAAUAUUUGUGUGCGUGUAAUUGCUUUUUCAAUUUUGUGAGAGGCAAAAAUGUUUAACAUAGCACAUCAUGUGGCCACCAAGGUGGUAUCAGCUGUGCAUCACGUUGAGGAGGAGAUUCGAGGGCUAUUCACCUUGACUGAUGAAAAGAUCAUGGACCAUAUCUAUGAAACUCAUGCUCAUGCUGACGAAACCUUUGAUGAUGAUUCUCUUUUCAUUAUCACCGAAAACAUCCUCAAACCUGCUACCCAAAUUGUUGACAAAAUUGUGCAGGGUAGCCAAGUACAUGUGGACAACAUUGACCAGAAGACCCCCAAACCCGACUUCAGUGUUCCCCUGUGCACCCUUAAGCAGAUUGGCAGCGAGCUGUCAUGCAAGGCUCCCGGUGAGGAUAUUGCACACAAAACAACUCUUGCAAUACUGAAAAAGCUAUCAACCUAUCAAUGGGAAGCCAAGGCAGUGCUUACUCUCGCGGCUUUUGCCUUGGAAUAUGGCGAUUUCUGGUUACUUGCACAGAAUCAACACUCUGACCACCUUGCCAAGUCUUUGGGAAUCCUCAAAAGAGUUCCUAUCCUAACUAAACCCGCCGAGCUUCAGAAACGCCGGCAAGCAAUUCUUGAACUCAACAAUCUCAUCAAGGCCACACUUCAGGUCAUGGAAAUCAUCGACCAGUUCGACAAGCUAUCGAUUUAUGACCCAAAAGAGAUAACAGGGCUGUCUGUAGCACUAGACCAUAUCCCAGUUGAUGUCUACUGGUCAAUUGUCACAGUGGUUGCUUGCUCAACUAAGCUCACUCUUCUCACUAGUGAUGAAGACAAGCCAUAUGAUUUGGCACCCUAUUCACAAAAGAUUCACUACGUACUCAACAAACUUAAGAUCCAGCUUGUUGUUUGCAGAAGACAAGUAGAGGAAAGAGAGACUUACUUGAGGCUCAAAAAAUUUUUUCAAACCCCAACUGAAGUGAUGGAAAUCUUCAAGGCCCUGACAUUUACCAAGGAUAAACCACAGCUCCUCAUUGAUGGUUCAACUAACACAACGGUUAGCCUUGAAGUGCUGAAGAAGAAGAAAAUAUUCCUGUUCAUCUCGACCCUUGAAAUCACAGAGGAAGAUAUUUUAUAUCUCAAACCUGUUCAUGAAGGAACAAAGAGAGAUGAAAAUUACAAGAUUGUUUGGAUCCCCAUGGUUGACAAUUGGACCCCUGAACUUCAAAAGAAAUUCGAGAUCCUGAGGUCUAAGAUGCCAUGGUACACAAUCCAAUCCAUAUCAGUCUCAGUAGGAAUCAAGUUCAUCAAGGAAGAGUGGAACUUCAAGGGAAAACCUUCACUAGUUGUGAUGAACCAUCAAGGAAAGAUCGAAAACACCAAUGCUCUCCACCUUGUCAAGCUCUGGGGAAUUAAGGCCUUUCCAUUCGAUAAGGCUGCUGAGGAGAAGAUAUCGAGUGAAACGAGUUGGAUUCGUCCUGUAAUACUCAACAUUGACUCUCAUCUUUCAGAUUUGAUGCUCAAAGAGGAAAAAUACAUUUUCUUCUAUGGUGGUAAAGACAACGAAUGGAUCAAACAGUUCACAGCGAAAGCAAACGCCUUUGCGAACGAUCCCAUCUUCAAGGAAGCGAAGAUCAACAUUGACCUGUUCUGUGUUGGAAAGAGUCCCAAAGGAGGAGAAGACCAUGGAAUUCUUGGCAGGUUCUGGGAUGGUAUAGAGAGCUUGUUCGUCACCAAAGCUCACAAGCAGGUUGACCCUGUUACACAAGAAAUCCAGAAGCUGCUUUCCUACAAGAACGAAAGUGGCUGGGCUCUGCUUACAAAAGGGCCUCAUGUUGUGACUGCUGGUCAUGGAUUCACAAUUCUGAAGGUGUUGGAUGACCUUGAGAAAUGGAAGGAGGUUAUAAAAGAAAAGGGGUUCGAAAUCUCGUUCAAAGAGUACCAUGUAAAGCUCAUCCAAUCCGUUCGCCAUUGCUGUCGCCUUGACAUCCCCAGUGUGAUUGGGAAAGUACCAGAGAAAAUGCAAUGCCCUGAGUGUCCAAGAACCAUGGAGUCCUUCAUCAGUUACAAGUGCUGCCACAUUGAUGGUCCAAUUGCACAUCACUAAAACAAACUUUGGCUCUCUCUCUUUCCAAUUGUGGAAUUUGCUUUGAAUUAUAUGCUAUAUGGCACUGGUUCUAGUAAAUAAAAAAGGCAUCUUGUUGUACAUAUUUCUAUGAAAAUCUGAUGCCUAGCUCCAAAUGUAUUGGAAGAGUCAGUCUAUGUGUUGUAAUCUUUAAAAAAAUUAGUAAAUGGCAUGUCCAUUAUGAUGGCAGCUUGAUGCCUCUACCAGUGAAUAGUGAUUGUACCGUGAGUAGUAUUUGUCCAGUAAUUAAUGAAUAAAAUGCAUCUUAUUAUAUGCUUUAGCUUUUA